GUCAUCACAGCCGUCAGAUCAUGGAUAUCUACGGUUCAUGUGUGCACUAAAUUGGCAGGUGUAGAUUGCAUUUUAUUUCAUCAACCUCACGCUCACAUACAAACAACAGUUGAUAUCUCACUCUGCAUCCUUUCCCGUUCAAGAUAAGGAUGGCUCAGAACAAUGCUCAAGGAAGUGGAAAUAAACCAGGAAAAGUUGCUCUUAAUGAAAGGAUCCUCAAAUCUAUGUCACAGCGAUCUGUUGCUGCUCAUCCUUGGCACGACUUAGAGAUUGGGCCAGGAGCACCUGCUGUAUUUAACUGUGUGAUUGAAAUUGGGAAAGGGAGCAAAGUUAAGUACGAGCUUGAUAAGAAAUCCGGCCUAAUCAAGGUUGAUCGCAUUCUCUACUCAUCAGUAGUCUAUCCACACAACUAUGGAUUCAUCCCACGCACCCUUUGUGAAGAUAGUGAUCCAAUGGACGUUUUAGUGCUGAUGCAGGAGCCUGUAUUGCCUGCUACCUUCCUCAGAGCCCGUGCCAUCGGAUUGAUGCCAAUGAUUGAUCAGGGCGAGAAGGAUGAUAAGAUCAUUGCAGUUUGUGCUGAUGAUCCUGAGUUCCGUCAUUAUACAGACAUCAAAGAACUACCUCCCCACCGUCUUGCGGAGAUUCGACGUUUCUUUGAGGACUACAAGAAGAAUGAAAACAAGUCAGUCGCGGUAAACGACUUCCUGCCUGCUGAUGCUGCGGUAGAUGCGAUCAAGUACUCAAUGGACUUGUAUGCUUCUUACGUCGUGGAGAACUUGAGACAUUGAACUUCUUUCCUAUAGAGGGAGGGGAUAGACUUCUUGCCGCAUCUAGUAUGCUGGUAUUUAUUUAAAAUUGUUGGAUUUACUGAAAGGAUAAACAAUCCGUAUGGAUUUUAAACAAAAGAUGAUGUGCUUUUGCUAACAAUGCCUUGUCAAAGGCAACACUCUUUGUGGUUUACAACUGCUGUGUAUUAGUAUAGAUAUUUUGUUCUUUGGUUA